AUGGCGGACUGUCUGGGCUUCCAGACGCAGGUCGCCUCCAUCCUGGAGCUGCUGGCCAACUCGGCCGUGGCGGAGAUUUGCCGCCUGGUGGACGACGGCUACGCGGCGCUGCGCGCGCGGGCGGAGCAGGAGCGGGAAAAGAGCCGGCGCGAGAACGACGCCCUGCGGCAGAGGCUGCGGGAAAUGGACACCAAGGUGCGGAGCUACGAGAGGAGGCUGAGGAGACGGAGCCAGAGGGAGGACGGCCUCACGCUGCACGCCAAGCCGCUGGAAGAACGAGAGGACCAGCAGUUUCCUUCUGCCCCUGAAGAUGAACUCAUUCACCCUGUCGCAAAGGAGAAAGAGGAGAGAGGCGACUGUAAUCUGGACCUGAAGGUGGAGGUCAACAUCAGGGCCGAUUGUGGUUUCUCGAAUGGUCCGGCGUCGGUCGAGGAAACCUGCUCCACCGACCUCGUCCUGGACACGGGCGUCCCCGAGGCUCCCCCCUCCGUCCCUCAGCCGUCCCUCCCCUCGGUGGACGCCACCGUGGACUUGACCUGCCGACAGAGGCUGAAGUCCCGGCCCGCCGGGGCGGCCGGCGGCGGCCUUAAAGCGGCGGACGGCGCUUCCCAAAGCCCCGAUGCCCCCGGCGGGGACCCUACGGAGGGCCUGGCCGACGGCCCCGUGAAGCCGGAGCUCAAGACAGACGAGGAUCCUCCCCCCUCUCACCUGGCCGCGGCGCUGGACUCGGACGAGGCCUCGGCCGAGCGGCUCGCCGGCCUGGACCUGGCCUGGAUGCAGGAGCGGGUCAGCCACCUGGGGGCGGCGUACGCCGUGGCGCAGCUGGGUCUGGGGAGCGGCGAGCCGGGCCUCCCGUCCGCCUCCUUCCCCGCGCAGGCCGACGGCCUGGACGCCCCCCCGGCCGUGCUCUUCGCCGGCGGCGCCCACGAAAUGGCCGCCUUCGCCAACUCCUUCGACAUGGUCGCCCCGCUGCCCCCCGCCGCCGCUAACUCCGCCCCCGCCGGGGGCCAACGGAGGCCGUACCGGUGCCGGGCGGCGGCCUCCGGCGAGGCGGCGGCGGCGUGCGGCGUCUGCCGGCGGGUCUUCCCCUCGCCGGCGGCCCUGGAGCUGCACCAGCGGGCGCACACGGGGGAGAGACCCUACGCCUGCCCCCACUGCGGGAAGGGCUUCGCCCAGCCCAACAACCUGCGCGUGCACCUGCUGGUCCACACGGGCGAGCGGCGCUACCGCUGCUCGCUGUGCGGCAAGAGCUUCAUCUCCUCCAGCCACCUGAAGCGCCACCGCACCGUGCACACGCAGGAGAAACCCUACAGCUGCUCCCGCUGCGGACAGUCCUUCAGCCAGAUGUGCAGCGUCCGCCGGCACCGCCAGCAGUCCCAGUGCGGCCUGGGCUCCAAACGCACCCGGGAACCUCUGAGAGCAGGUCCCAAAAGGCCCUGCCCAACAUGUGAGACGGACCAGAGGAGAAACGACGUCAUCCCUCUAAUCGGGAACAUGAACCUUAUUCAAGUAGUCGUCCGCAUCUUAUCUGUAGUUGUAUGGUGUAAAAGUGGCAAAAGGGAGACUGUUACCUUAGACAGGGCUCACUUCAUCUCUGUGUCACCUAAAGGUCUCGCUAUGAAGAGAGGAUCUGGAGGGAUGCAGCCGGCCCCCCGUGGAGCAAUGGGCCAGAGUCUCAAUCUGGAGGAGCACCGAGCCCACUUCACCCCCCAGACCCAGAGCCAGCCCGCCCAGACGGCGUUUAGCAGCAUCGGCAGAGGACUGGAGGUCAGUGGCUCCCCUCCUCUCCCUAACUGUGAGCUCGUGGGGUUUCCGUGCGACGGCUCAGAGCCGACUGACGACAGCAGGGACUCCUCCGUGCCGGAGCUCCCAAACCAAGCCAAACAGGGCAUUCCGGGCGGUCCCUAUUUACCGCCCGGGCCCGAUUUCCCGUCCACGUCGUCCUCAUUCGCUAGCGGCUGGACCGACGGCGGCCGCGCCCCCCCGCCGCCGCCGCCGCCCGCUCGGACCGCCAGAGAGCGGCUGUUCGUCUGCAGCUACUGCGGGAAAACUUUUAACCGGCCCAAGAAGGUGGAGAUCCACCAGCGAGUCCACACGGGGGAGAAGCCCUUCAGCUGCGCCACCUGCGGGAAGAUGUUCUCGGAGGCGGGCAACCUGCGGAAGCACCAGCGGGUCCACACGGGGGAGAAACCCUACCGCUGCGGAGCCUGCGGCAAGGGCUUCGCCUGGAUGAGGAACCUGAAGACGCACCAGCAGAAAAGCCACCCCGAAGCUUACUCCGAAGAGCUCGUCUGGGAGCAGGAGUAG